AUGGCCAAGUUGUACGUGUUCGGCGCGCGCCCUACAGCGUGGCGGUGUAGUGUGGGCGACGGCUCGAUCGCAUUCGCGGUUCUGCUGGACUCGCUGAACGUGGACCAGCCGGACGGAGGUGAUGGAUCUGAUCUCGGCUCUGGAGUUAGUGCAAGAGGUGCAAUGGCCCGGGCUAACGGCAUCCUGCGCGCCUGUAUCAACUACGUGGACGUCAAGGCGCCGUUCUCGUUCACGCGUCUACACGGCGCUGGUCCGAGUAUGGGUGUGGAGUUGGGUUCGACCGGUGAGAUGGCCCGCUUCGGCACGGGCAUGCACGAGGCGCAUCUGACGCGCUGCCGUGUGCCAGCUUCAGGAUGCUCAAGGAUAUGGUGCUGA